UGAAGAGAGCAUCAGCAAAAUGCUGCUCUCCAUGGUGCUUUUGACAACCUUACUUUGCGUCGGUAAUGCUGAAAAAAAUAGUUUUACGAAAAGUUAUCAAUUCCCGGAGUCUGAAAUCAACACAAACCGACCAAGACGUGAUAUGACCAAAUUAAUUUACACCCGUUUCAACGAAUCACAGCCGAAUAAAACAAAUCGAUGCAUCGUUACUGUGAUAUCAAGCGCCUUUGACGAUUCUCCUGACGUAAGAGCAGAGUGCGAAGUUUCUCUGAAACCCGAAAUGCCGGGUGGCACAAUUAUGCACCAUUGCAUGGCACACGAAUUCGGCAAUGAAAAGGUUAUCGUUGUCUGGGGAGAGGAACAACACUUGACAACUCCAAAUGAGAAGACUAGAUCGGUCGUGGUAAAGACGAGCGUGGUCGACAUGUCGAAUGAUUGUGAUACUGUCGAGGCCACAAAGAGGAAAUACGAAGUGCAAGACAAAAACGUCAUCUCAAUGUAUUGUUUUCGCCCAAGAGUCAUCGUAUUCGACGAUACUUAUGAAUUAUUACUUGUAGACCAGAUAAGCAUGUGUGAACCUGAAUCUACCCAUUGCGAUUACGUUUUAUACAAAGUUGACAACAAAGGUGAAAAAGUAACGGGACCAGAGCAGUGGCCAAAUUCACUUUCCAAUGGCACAUGCUCAUUAUUUUAUAACGUCGCAUCUGCCAAACUAUCUCCAGGCAUACAAGGAUAUUAUAUAACCGAUACUCAUUCGAUUGCAUUAGCUAGAGGACAAAUAACAGUACAAUCAAAUGAUGGCUAUAACCCGCUGAUAUGGAGCAGAUCGUUCAACAAAUCACAUGAAAGAAUUAAAUACUCACUGACUGACGUUACUAUCGGCUUGUGUGAAACUGUUGGUAAUUCAACUUUUGUUUGUCGCCAACUUGAUCAAAAUGGCCAGAUCCUCAGAGAAGCGCAGUUGAAAAUUGAACAUCCAAACAAACCAGUUAUAAACCAUGUAUACAAUUUACGUAAUGGCGGACUCUUAGUUUCGGUAUGGACCCACUUACGUCAAGAAUAUCUGGUAGAGAUCGGUAAUACAGGUAUAGCGAAGGCUGUUGAAGUUAACUUCAAGAUCGUCUUGCCUUAUUUACACAUAUACGAUUCCAGAAUUUUCGAAAAUAAACUAGGUCAAUAUUGCAUGGCGAAAAUGAUAACAAAACCUAAAGAGUCGGUAGGAGCUUCGAUAAAUACUUAUAUACAGUGCUUCUCUCCCGACGAGUUCUCCACAUGCGUAAAUAAAUUUUUUUGUAACUUGACAGCUGCCUCAUUAAGCAGGUAAAAUAUCUUUAAAAAAUAUUGUAUGCCUAACGAUAAUUUUGUAUGCAAUAAACAUUUAUUUUACAAAUAAAUUUCAUAAUUCAACCGAUACCAUCACUACUUGGUACGACAGUUGUGCCGUUGGUAAAACAGCUGAUUCAUGUUGUUUAAGCUGGUAACUUGGCAUAUUUUCUUUUUAUCAUGUAUUAACUUUCUGUGAUUACGAGGUGUUUUUACCGAAUCUUCCGGAAAGUAUAUUUUAUACAAUUACGAAUAUAUGUAGUGUUUCGAUUAUUGAAUGGCUUGUAUUAGUAAUUACAUUCAAUCAAUACAAUAGACAACGGUAUAUAAAAUGUAUUAAAAGACAAAGUAUAACUUUACAUUCCUUAAAAUUUGUAUAUUUUUAUUCCAAUUUAUGUAAAGUUGCAAUAGAAAGUCGCCUUUGUAGAGUUUGUGAUUUAUGAUUUUUUGCUCUCAGUAAUAUAAAGAAUAUUAGGUUCAGAAUUUAAUGAAAUGCGUUUGCUACUAAUCACUUGUAAUAUAAAUGUAAUCGAGUUAGAAUUUAAUGGUUAUUCUUAAACGUGGAUUAUACAAUGAAAAAGUCGAUGAUUUUCAAAGUGACAAUAAUUCUACUUUUUCUAAUUCAAUUCUAAAAAUGUUAAAUGUAGAAUAAGUAGAAAUCAAGAAACACUCAUAAUUAGUAGAUAAAAAUGCUUAAUGUUGUUUCAAUUUAUCAUGUGUUAACUUUCUUUUAAAUAAGUGUAAUGUAAUUUACUGAUCACAAGAAAAUGUUAAAAACAAAUGUAAGCACCACUAAAUGUAUUAUACGAAUAACAAAUACGAUGUUAAUUUAUCCAAUAUCCGCUAUUUGCUUAUGAGAUACAAACAAUUACGAAUUGUAAUGCUUCCGAGUUUAUUCGUAUGGCGCGUUUCUUCAAUUGUGCAAAUUGCAUGAAAAUUUGGCAAAGUCCACGUCAAGUAGAGGAAACUUUAUAAACUAUACUUUAUUUAAUAUCUAUCUGUUUGACAAAUUGUUUAUAUAAAUAGGAGGCAAUUUUUGCAUGACGAUGAUUCACUUGAGUACAGAAAUUGCAAGUAAAUAUUGCACUUUAAUAAUAAUAAUAAUAAUACAAUAUUACAUCUUUUUUUUCAAAUUACUAGUAAAUAAAAAUUUCCCACACUUAUUACACAUUACACACUUCAACAAUGCGUA